AGACAGAGAGAGAGUGAGAGAGAGAGAGACAGAGAGAGAGAGCGAGAGAGAGAGGCGCCAGGCACCAGCGCUGCGCCGCAGAGCAUCACGCUGCUUUCUGCGGGAAGGAAAGUGUCAUCUUCAGGAGGAAUAACAAGUGUUGCUGGUGUGCUUGGACAUAAAAUGCGACUACCUGGCUUUGUGUUUUUGGAUUUUCACUCCUCCUCGCUACUUUGACAGGAGUUUCUCGCAGACUGAGUCCAUAUCAACUCUGUGGGAGGAAUUUCAGGUUUUCCCGACUCUAACUUUGGGAUUGGACACCCAGGAGCCACUCCGGGAACUAAACUAAACCAACACAAACGACACUAAAGCAUCACCACCACCAUGGAUGAGGAACAGUGCUACUACAAUGAAACCAUUGCCUUCUUCUACAACCGCAGUGGCAAAUACCUCGCGAAAGACUGGAACACGGUCAGCCGCCUGGUGAUGGGUCUCGGCAUCACAGUCUGCAUCUUCAUCAUGCUCGCCAACCUCCUGGUGAUGAUUGCCAUCUAUGUCAACCGGAGAUUCCACUUCCCCAUCUACUACUUGAUGGCUAACCUGGCAGCUGCUGACUUCUUUGCUGGUCUGGCCUACUUCUACUUGAUGUUCAACACAGGCCCAAACACAAGGCGUCUGACUGUUUCAACAUGGCUGCUGCGCCAAGGCUUGAUCGACACGAGCCUGACGGCGUCGGUGGCCAACCUCCUUGCCAUCGCCAUCGAACGUCACAUCACGGUGUUCCGCAUGCAGCUGCACACGCGCAUGAGUAACCGCCGUGUGGUCGUGGUGAUUGUCAUAAUCUGGACCAUGUCCAUAGUCAUGGGGGCCAUCCCGAGCGUGGGCUGGAAUUGUAUCUGUAGUAUUAAAUCAUGCUCCAACAUGGCCCCACUUUACAGCAACUCCUACCUAGUCUUCUGGGCCGUCUUUAACCUGGUGACCUUUGUUGUCAUGGUGACACUGUACGCCCACAUCUUUGUCUAUGUCCGCCAAAGGACCAUGAGGAUGUCACGCCACAGCUCCGGGCCGAGACGCAACCGAGACACAAUGAUGUCGCUGCUGAAAACCGUGGCGAUUGUGUUGGGUGCAUUCAUCAUCUGCUGGACCCCCGGUCUUGUCAUCCUCCUCCUGGACGUCUUCUGCGCCAGCUGCAACGUGCUCACCUAUGAAAAGUUCUUCCUGCUUCUCGCCGAGUUCAACUCCGCCAUGAACCCCAUCAUUUACUCCUACCGCGACAAGGAGAUGAGCGCCACCUUCAGGCAGAUCCUGUGCUGCCAGCGGCAGGAGAAUGUCAACGGGACGACAGCGGAGGGCUCCGACCGGUCGGCGUCAUCCAUCAACCACACGGUGCUGAGUGGCGGCUUGCACCACCAUCACCACAACGAACACUCGGUGGUAUAGAAGGUGAGGAUAAUGCGUGAAGGGGUUAAAUUCCAUGUGAGAGAUAAUGACUGGGCGCAGAUGAGAAGGUCAGGUGACUCUGAACAUGUGACGUGAAGGCAGGAACCCACCAGAUGGAUUACAGAAUGACGACGGACGUUUUGGCGAUGGAUCGCAGUAGGACACUAACUAUGAAGGAUGAGGAGGCGUUAUCUCAAGGACUCUGAAAGGAUGUUAGUAUUUUUGUUGAAGACAUAUUUUCUAUUUGUGUUUAAUGCGUUGCUGUGAAAAUCCAAUAAUCUCCAGUUGACUUUAUAUCCGAUGGUUACUUCCACCAAGCACAAAAGUGUAAAGCCGACAUGUUUUGUUGUUGAUGGAAAAACUACUAACAAAAGUUUGUGCAGGGGCGUCACAUGUAACAAUGAAUUACACCCCCUCCCCACCCACGAAUGAAAAUGGUACAUUCCCAUCUGCCGAGUCACUCGCACCGCUUCAGCAUCAGCUUGUGACUUCUUGAAACAUUGAGUCACUAAACUGCCAAUGGAACCAUCCAGACGCAAAAACAACCCCACCCUGAUUUGUAACGUUUUACACGAAGCAGGAAGCAAACCGCAAAGUGCCCAAAGCACAUUGGGACAUUCACCUGUUGAUGACGCAGCAUCAGGACCAACUUGGGGUUCGGUAUCCUGCCUGAGGAAACUCGGUCGACAUGGACACAGAGGAUUGAACCAGCAACCUUCUACCACCUGAACCACGCUGCCCCAUAUCCUGCGUGACCCACAUUCUGCGAGGGGAUCCCAUUCCAUCACCAAUAUGCGUUUUGAAGCUGAAACUAAUAACAUGUUCUUUUUACUUCAUCUAUUUGAUGACUCGGCCUACUCAAUCAGAACCAGACUUUCUUUUUGUUGCGGUUUUGAGAAAACCGAAAACCAUAUGAAGACAAAAUAAUGCUUCCGUAAAUGAUGUUUCAUUGUUCAAGGGACUGUAUGCAGCGGGUUGAUCCAGCUGCCCCGAGGGCGCCAACAUUGGAACGUGCGAAUAGCAUCACAUACGCUAGCUAUGUCAGCUGAUAACAUACCUAACAUAUAGCCUAACAAACCCAAUUGUCGGUCGCUUCUCGGAGACUGCUUUUGUACAUGUGCACGCCCUACAGACGUGCCGUGCGUGUGAGUUACAGACAUGAACGCCAGUGAUUUUAUUCGUGCGGAAGGAAAAUGUAUGACCAUUUUUAUGAAGUUUACUUCCUAAUUGGGAAAAAUUGACAUAUUUUUUGUACGCUAGCUGGUUCAGGUGUUCUUUUAUAUGUUCUUCUAUAUUUGUUGGUUACAAAAAAAUCAUUAAAUUAAAUUUUAAUGAAUUAUAUUUUUGAUUAUUCAUGAAUUAAAAUUGUUGUUUUUUGUUUUUUUACUUGUAUUUGAAGUAAUUUGGAGCGAGUUGCAUACAGUCCCUUUUUAAGAGCCAGUCUCAUGCAGCAUUAACAUUUUCACUUCUGCAAGCUCAAAGUCAAGCACCUUCGGAACGCCAGCGAGCGUCUUGCGCUGCGAGUUUCCCAAAAUAAACGACACAAAUGCAACCAAACAUCUUCAGGCUGCCAUCCAACCUAAAUACAUGAAGGAGUCAAAAAGCUGCAAGAAAUCCCAACUUGUUUAUUUCCCUUCUAAGGCCUUAAAGACUACUUGUUCCCAGGUUGUGACCAAAGAAGGGGAGGAGGAUGUUUGCAGUUUUACAGCAUGCGGGCUCGGAGGCACUGCGCGAAGGUCAUCUUAUUAGUGUUGUGAGUGUUAACAGACUGCAGGUCGUGACAUGAAAUGUGACGACCUCUCUGUCUUCUAUCGUUUGUUUUUGUGUCUGCGAGUUACAAUUGGCUGGAGGUCACAUGGGUGUGGAAAUAAGCAAGUCGACCAUUGAACGCACCGUAUCGCCGGUCGAGAUGAACGUCGGGUUUCUUCCAGUGACAAGAUGGGAUUCCAUGAAGACUUGAAGUUUGUAGUUGACAGAAUCUCUGGUGCCUCAGCACAUCUGCUCUGAUGUUUCAUUUCCAUUUGAAUGAAACCCUUUUAUCUGGGGGAAAGGUCACUCCGAUGAUAUCACCAUUUAGAAAGCAACAGAGCCUUUGGACCAGAGAGUGAAUGUUACACACCAGUAUUGUUAGCGCUAUGAAGGAAGUGUUAUGUACAUACUGUACUCGUACAGUACAGGGACAGACGAUAUGUUUUUUUUACUAAUGAGGCGGCUGACAUCUUACUGAAGCGUUUACGAGAAUGCAGCAUGGAGCAUUUGUGAACUAAAACAUAAACUACAAGUACGUACAGCAGUUCCCGUUUGAGUCGACUCCGUUUAUCGACCGAGGCACCAAGUCCUGGUCCGCCAUGUUCUUCGUAUUGCCUAACUGUGCCGCCUGUUUUUGCAAUUUUGCCCAUCAUCCACAAUCCUUAUGUGAGACAUGAACACGCACGUUCUUUCUGUUUUCUGUGCGUUCAAAAGAUAUAAAAACAGCUAAAAAGAGGCAGCUAAUGAAUACGAAUGUGCCUGUUGCUACACACUCACAGCACGGAUAUAAAACCAUAAAACCUUGUUGGGGGUCUUUUAAUGUUGGGCUUUCUAGGUGGAAUAGGUGUGUCCCGUUACGUGCAUUCUAAGCUGCAUCUUUUGAUCUGUUUUUAUAUCUUUAGAAAAGAAAAGAGUCACUUCGUCGUUAUUACCAAACGCAAAAGCUGAUUUGGAACCGCGACUGGAAAGGAACUGCAGUUGACCUUCAAAACUUUGUCCUUUCUUCUUCCAUCCACCUUUUCUGCAACUAACAAAAUGUACAAAACCGUGUCAACAAACUGCCGUAUAAGCAAUGGCUAUUUUUGGUAUGUCGACUUAAACAGGUGCAACAUUUCCACCAAGAUGUACGGUUCAGUUUGGGAAAGAAUGGUUUGAGUUGACAGCUCGGGCUUUUAGCCCAAUGCCAAGCGCUGGCCAUAACCCGUAUGAGCGUGGUGAGGCUUGGAGGGGUGAGUAACGGGUGCCAGCCUCCGUGGUUGUACGGAAGUAAGUUUAGUAAACCUGACACCUCAAGAGCCGUUUAGCUGGAUGGUUAGCGUUCUCAACUCUCAUGCUUUUAGUUUUGGCUGCAGCAGGCGGGCACACUGGUGCCGUGAGCGUGAGGUGUGGGGGGUGUCAGCCUGCGUGGUUGUAUGGAAGUACGGUGGUAAGCCUCACCCCCUGACGCCUUCAGAGUCAAAUUGUGAAUAUUCUCCAUUGGACACGAGGUGCCAGUAACUGUUCAGUGAGACAAGCCAUAGACUUGAUCGCCAUGUACUGCAGCUUUAAGUGAUCUCACAGCAGCCACAACAAUAGUAACAUAAUAAUCAUAAGAAUAAUAAUAACACAAGCUACUGUUGCAGCCAUAGCCCACGACAAGCUAAAAGGCAACUCUGAACCCCUCGUGUCACUUCCUGUCCUCCUGCCACUAAGGCCCCCUGGGGAGAACAUUUACUGCGGAACAUUUACACAAGUUUUAUUUAUGUCUUAAAUGGUUUAUUUUCCCUGAUCAUAUCUACUAUAUUGGAUAAUAUGAGUGUAAAGGUGACUAUAGGGGUGUUAUUCCAUGUCUAGAGGGCUCUAAUGGGCUUAAAAAAACAUUUUUAGAAGCUCGUAAACAGGUUUUCUAUACCACAAAUAUGAAAAUAUUCCAUUUAUAAAGAAGAAUCCUACUUUGUGGAAAUUCCCUUUUCACAUUCGAGUCUGGAACCAGUGAAACGCGAUAAACGAGGGAUUACCGUGUCGACCAAUCAACCGAGAGGGGCGGAAACAUGGCGGCGCUUCAAGUUGGAAUUGCACAAUGGAAAGGCAAUUAACUGACCUAACUGAACUGUACUACUUGGUGCGAAAUGAAGCAGGAACGUUGAUGCUUGUAUUGUGCAUGUGCAUGUGCGUGGAUUUGAAGUGCUUGGGAUAUCUUUUUUUCUUUAAGAACAAAACGUUUCCAUGUGACCCGGAUGAUAUCCUGCUAAAUCCUCACGAGGCUGACUGACUUCAUGCAGGCUUGAGAGCUGUUUUUUUUUUUUUUUUAAUUUCCGCACGCCCUCGCCGCCUCACGCCAAGAUGAAAGCUGAUGUUUUGUCCUCGCGCCGUAACACUCACAGAUCCGCUCAGAUGUCAGUAAGUCCUGCUCGCUCAUCCGAGCAGCCCUGUUCGGAUGAUAACAGAAGUUGCGGUCCGUGUAGAAAGAUUACAGCGUUCUCUUUUUAAGCAUCGGCGUCAGGCUUAUCAUGCUGCUACGCAUGUUUGGCCUGGAGCAACUUUAUUGACGGCUGUUUGAAGGCUUUUUUCUCUCUGCACUGUAAAGACACCCAAAUCCACACCACCAGACGUAUUUCUAUAUUUGUUGUCCGGUUUCUGACCAAAAAAGUAUGUAUCAGGUUAUAUAGCGUACCAACUACAUGUGCCUGUUAAUCAGUGUUUCAGUGUGUGUGUGUACAAAGGUGUAAGUAUCUGUACAGUGUGUGUGUGUGUGUGUGUGUGUGUGUGUAAAUAUAUAUUAUGCAAAUUGAAUCACCAAAGGGAAAGUGUACAAUUUUCAUGUUCUACGCUGUCCAAUCCAAGAGUACUGUAGGAGUUGUGGCGCUUUGAGCUCUUUUGGAAUUUACUAACAAUGUUCCAGUUCUAAACGGGAUUACUUCUACGGCCCCCCCUUCUCCCCUUUAGUACAACCACACUUUCAUUGUCCUAUCAUGUUCUUAGUAGGAGGAAUCAUUCUCUUACUGUUAGCCCAGGGGUGUCCAAAGUGCAAAAUUGAAAAAAACUUGUAAGCUAACAAGAAAAAGUAUAAGAAUUUUAUGAGGAAAAAAAACAUAAUUUUAAGCUUAAUUAUUAAAGUUUUUUUUUCAAAGUCCUAAUAUGAAAAACAAAACAAAAUAAAAUUGUAAUUUUUGGAAAAGUAAGUUGGGGAAAAAGUUAUGCCUAUAUGAGACAAAAUAUUGUGAGAAGAAAUUUUACAAAAACUAUUUAUGAAGAAAUGUGAAAUAUUUGGGAAAUGUAAACAAAAUAACAUCAAAUACGGGGGGGGGGGGCAAAGAGUGAAGUUCAUACUGAUAAUAGGCUUUUU